AUGGCGGCCAUCGGUGCCGAAGGGGCCGCUGGCAGCUUCUCGGAGGCCAACUCGACCCUUACCGAGCUCCAUCGCCGCAUGCUCGGGUACCACGCGCUGCGGACCCUGCAACACCUGGCCAGCCAGGCCGAUGUGACCACCAUCAAGUGGCUGCUGGAUCCGAUCUUCAGCUGGCUCGAGGAUCUGGCCAACUGGGACCGGCCGCGCGGCUUUGCUGCCCAUCUGAUCGCCCAGUACCAGAAGUCCCUCGGUGGAUGCUUCGAUGCGAUAAUCCCGCCGGUUUACGGCAAGGCCAUGGAGUCGCCGGCGUCCUUCGCCCUGCCGCAAACCGAAGACCAUUUGCUGUGCCUGGCGGACCUUGGUGGGGAGGAGCCGGCCCGGGGUGAGUACCAGUGGGUUGUCCUGCUGGUGAGUGAUACCCUGAGCGCCGACCGGUCGCCCCUUUCCUCGGCCAGCAGCGUGCGGUCCUUCGGCAGUAGUUCCUCGGAGACCGGUGUCGGAGGCCACGGCGUCAACCCAUCGCCGAUGCAGCUGCCGCCGACCUACGCCAAUCCGUUAUGGGCGGAACAUCAGGAGCCAACGGUCAACAUACUGUGCUGGUUCCUGCUGUCGCUGGUUGAAUUGCUGAUUCACUAUGUUGGCACCCUGCCCGACCGGCUGGCCUGCUCAUUGUCAGCCCUUUGCAUCAUAAUGGCCCUGACUGGCACCGAGUUGGAUGCGGCCAUCGGGGUCACUCCUCACGACUGGUGCAGCCCGCUGCCGAGCUCGGCCAGCCAGCUCUUCAGCCUGACGGUGGGGAAUCUCUCGAGCCGGAACUUUGCCGCUCGGAGUUGCACGCAUGCGCUGCUGCACGAGCUCCUCCGCUCGAUGAGCGAUGCGAUGCCAGACGGCCAGCGCCCGGAGCAGCCGGUGCUGGACGCCUUUGCCAAGGCACAUGGCGCGCGCUUGCUCGUGUCCCUGACGUCGGUCUUCAGUCGGGAGCUGACCCUCACUUCGGGUCCGGCUUCCGGGGCGGAUCCCCUGUCGGUGGGCGACAUCCUUGGCCUUGCGGCGGCCUUGGCCGACUACACCGGGCUGCAGGCGGCGGCCGCGGCGUCCGAUGGUACGGGCGACCCGGCGGGCCUGUCUGCGGCGGGCGGGCUGGCUGUGGCCUGUGUGGUGGCGGCACUGGCCGCGGCGGCCGACUCGGCGUCCACCUCGCUCUCGGCCCGGGCAGCGCACACGCACAAUCUCUCGGCCCCGGUUGCGUGCCUGACCUGCUCCGCCUUGACCAAGGCCCGGCCGGAGUUCCGGCCUUCGGCUUCGGGGGCCACUCCUUCCCGGUGGACCAGUCUGCACAGCAUGUGUGGCGUGCCGGCCGCGGUGACGGCCGCCGGCCUGAAGGACACCGAUAGUGACCUCCUUACCACCAACAUACCACGCAAUAUGGCCGAGGUGAAGUUUGCUGCUUAUGAGCAGCUGGCCAAGUCCUUCGCCGGUGAGGCGCCCCAUGCGCAUGUGGCUCCAUCUCCGACCAGCUCGGUGCUGGCGGCCGGUGCGGCUGGCACCGACAUCACCUCGCUGCUGGUCUUUGUUGGCUUGGACGAGAGUCACUGGUCGGUGACUGAAAUUGUCGGCGCUGGUGGCCAGCUUAAGUCUGGUGCCGGGGCUGGGGCUGAGGCAGACGUCGGGGCCGCCGAGAUUCCUGUCGAGAUUGGAGAGGUUGGGGAGGUUGAAGACGAUGCUCACGCCGAGGAUGAGACCGCGGCCCGACGAGUGGAGGCCACUGACGGGGCCACUCAGCCCGGGGAGGUGGCCAGUAGCGAUGCCAAGACGGCCGAAUCCUCUCCCGGAGCGUCCUCCUGGGACUUUCCGGCUGCCGGCUCGCCAGCUUCCACUUCCAACCAUGAGGAGAAGAAGAAGAAGAAGAAGAAGAAGGAGGAGAAGAAGGAAGAGAAGAAGGAGGAGAAGAAGGAGGAGAGGGAGAAGCAACGGGGGGUUGGUGAGAUCGCCUCCGGGGCCAACGCGUGA